AUGGACUUCAUAGAGCUAUUUGCAGGUGUUGCCAACACUACCAAGAUGGCUCGCUAUUCACAUUUGAAGUCGGCCAAGUUUGAUGUUCUCUACGAAGCUGGUAAGAAGAAAUCCCACAAGUCUGACUUCAUGAACAUUCUUCACUCCAGUGGAUUUCUGCUGGCCUGCAUCUGGAUCUUGAAAGGCAGGUCGGACGUGGGCUUCGUUGUCCUGCUUGCCACCAAAUGCUCUUCAUGGGGACCGAUGAAUAGGGGAACAUCGGGGCGUUCUGCGUGCUGUAGCGUGGGGAACCUACAGCUUCGAUCGGUGGUGGAAGGAAACCAGCUCUGUGAGAGGAGCUGCUUGCUUUGUCUUCUCACCAUGUCCAAAGGAGGAGUCUGGUGUUUGGAGCAGCCAGGAUUGUCGGUGAUGGAGUUCUAUCCUGCUUUCCGUUACAUGCUAAACUGCCACAUCGUAGCUGGCGGAAACCUGAACAAAGUGCACCGAGUGGGGUGGUGGAUGGGGCACUAUGGUGGAGGCACACCGAAACGGCAUUACUGUUGGUCUUCCAGCAGACAUGUCAAAUCCCUUGACAAGGGCAAGUUUCAAUGGAAGAAGUUUAAGGAGGAGCACCCAAAUCGCGUGGAAACGGUGAGACGAUACAGGGACAAGAACAACAAGGUUCGUUACCAAGGUGUAAAGAAUACGCUGCGCGCCACCGAGAUCUACCCUAUCAAGUUCGCACGUGCGGUGGUUGACCUACACGCUCGGUUGAUUUCUGAGCCUGUUGGCCCUGCUUCUCCACCAGUGGUCCCACCAGCGCUGCAGUCCUUUCUCACCUUUCCGGAGGACUCUCCUGAGCAAUGGCCACACGCACGGCUGGGAGAUGUAUUCAAGUAUUUACGCAAGCUGAAAGGCUUGCGCGUGCCACGGGAAUGGGAACCGCAUAUUCCCGAUGCUAUCUGA